AUGAAGCUUCACCAUUUUCUAAGGACCAUCUCAUUUAACAAUAGUGCUGGAGACACUGUAUCUUUUGAUGAGAAUGGUGAAUUGGUAGCUGGAUUUGAUAUUAUCAACUGGAUCACUUUCCCAAACAAAUCUUUUCUUCGUAUGAAAGUUGGAUACCUGGACCCACAAGCUUUAAGUGGUCAUCAAUUAACUAUUCAUGAAGAGGCCAUCACGUGGCAUAGUUCAUUUAAUCAGAUCCUUCCUGUUGCUCUGUGUAAUGAGAAAUGCCAUCCAGGUUACAGACAAAAAAAGAAAGAAGGAGAACCAUUCUGCUGCUACAAUUGUGUUCCUUGUCCAGAUGGGAAGAUUUCAGACCAGAAAGACAUGGACAACUGUUUCCAAUGCCCAGAAGAUCAAUUUCCAAAUGAAGACAAAAAUCAAUGUAUUGCAAAAAGAUUACAUUUUCUCUCUUUCCUGAAUCCUUUGGGGACUACUUUAGCAUUUUUGGCUUUAUUUUUUGUUGUGCUCACAAUUCUGAUACUAGGAGUUUUCAUCAAGAACCAGAACACUCCCAUUGUCAAAGCCAACAACCGGGACCUCACCUACUGUCUGCUCAGCUCCUUAUUGCUUUGUUUUCUCUGCUCCUUGUUAUUUAUUGGUAAGCCACAAAUAGUGACUUGCUAUUUACGACAAGUAACUUUUGGUAUCAUCUUCACAGUGGCUGUUUCUUGUAUAUUAGCAAAAACAAUAGCUGUAGUUCUAGCUUUUAUGGCCACUAAGCCAGGAUCUAGGAUAAGGAAAUGA